AUGAUGCGAACAAUUUCAGGUCUUUAUGCCAAAAGGAGAUCUUCCUGUCUCGGGUUGGUUUACCUGUUGACGUGGUCUAGUAAGGAUCGGUCUAGUAAGCGUCGUAAAGGAUCAUUGGGCUUGGAAGGGAAGGAAAAGGAAAGAAAAGGGAAUGAGAAAGGUUCAUUCUCUCCAACUUUGGCUGAGGCUUUGUUUAUUCAAUUUUGGUUAAGAUUUGCUUCUACGAUGAGAGUGAAGAUCCAACAAGUCACCACAGAUUGUCUUGAAGUAGUGCAAGGGCUGAUUGUGGAUGAUUCACAUCACCCAUUAGGCAUUUUCUUUAACAUCCUGGCACUCUUGGAUUCAUUAGACUGCGGACGCUGUCAGCAUACACAUCGAUUUCAUAAUGAGAUUGCUCAUGCCAUUGCUGGGCAAUGA